GGCAUGGAUUUGCUGCGUCCCAUACAUAGUACUGUACGUUCCCUCCCUCUUCCACACGCGGAACGAUGAUCGAGCCGACCCCUUGCCGGCCUCGCAUCCGGCUACUGGUACUCCGUACAUAGUAGGUGGGAGGGAAACGCAUGCAACCAUCUCCUUGCUCGAACCUUGCUCGGCCUUGCCAAUCUGGAUCCAAUGAGACCCCAUUCGCCCUCCCAACAUUCCCUACCGCAUGCUCGUCCCCUGGAAUUUUCAGCUGGAGGUAUAAGUGCCCGACCCCGUUCUUUUUCUCGCCUUGCCCGAACCUAUCUACCUGUUCUGGUCCUAUGCCGAUUCAUUCUCUCGCCUGCCCCGCUGUCGACACUGGUCUUGUUCGACCCUCGCUCGAGUGAGGAUAGAACCGGUAUCACAGCACAAGCCCUUCUUUCACCCACCGAUACAUCAAAAGCCCCGUUAGCGAUUAUCGCCAACCAUGGGUGACGUCGAUAAGGCCGCCGUUGCUCAGGCGGAAAAUGUCUCGGACAAGCCCAGGAAGCGCGGCUGCCUCGGCCACCUGGCCAGGUUCUGGUGGGCGUAUCUGAUCGUGCUCGUCGUCAUUGUUGUCAUUGUCGUGCCAGUGGUCCUCUUGGUCGGCGUCCCCAAGAUCGCCCAGAAUAAGCUCGAUGACGCCGAGCUCAUCCUCGAUGGCAUCGUUGUCACCAACACGCAGGGCCAGAACUUCUCCAUGUCCAUCAACAGCACAAUCAAGUCCGACGGCUCUGUCCACGCCAAGAUCGACGGCUUCCAGGGCGUCAUGUACCUCGAGGACCAUGAGCCUCACACUCCUUUCGCCAAGAUCGACUUCCCCGAGACCACUUCCGACGCCCUCCAGACGGUCAACGUGACGCAGUUCGUGCCCAUUGAGAAUCUCGAGGCCUUGACCAGGUUCAACACGUGGCUGCUCGUCAAUGACUCCCUGCGCGUAACCGUUGAGGGCGACACCCACGUCCACGUGAGGGGCAUCUCGCGAUCGUAUGCGGUCACCUUCAAGAAGACCAUCACCAUUCCCGGUCUUCGCGGACUCAACGGCACCGUCGUCAAGCCGACCUGGGUCAGCCUCAAGCCCGACGAGAAGGGCAACAACUUCAGGGCUACCACCGUCAUUCCUAACCGCUCCCCUGUCAGCUUCGAGCUGGGCAACGUCACGUUCCACAACUAUCUCCUCGGCCGGGAGGUCGGCACAGUUUUCAUUGACAAUCUGACACUCCGCCCGGGCACCAACGAGUACCCGCUGCGCGCCACCAUUGACAACGGAGCCGUUAUCGAUGCGCUCGGACAGAAGCCCUACUGCGAGCAGAAUGGCGUCCUUCCGUUCCAGAUCCGCGGCAAGACGGUUGUCAACCACGGCCAGUCGCUGCCCUACUUUGCCGAUGCCCUGGCAGCCUACAACCAGACCGUCUCGAUCCCUAUCGGGGAGGCGGUGAAGUCGUCGCUUGGCGUCACCGUCCCGUGCGGUGGCCUCGGCGGCGGUAACAACUAGAAGAGCGGGUUGUUGGCUCUUUACAUUCCCUGUCUUAAUUAACCUUGGACCUCUCAUUCCGUGUUAGAUAUCAUUUCGUUGACCCGGGCUGUUAUCUGCGAGAUGUGGUCUUUUUGUCUUUUUUUUUUUUUUUUU